AUGGAGAGCCAGCGCCCGGCCUCCUCCUCCAUUAACCCAGGCACCGCUGCCCCGCUGUACCGGGGAGCACCCCGCAGCACCCAGCACCCAGGUCCCCGCACGGGUGCGGGCAGGAUGGAUUUCUCGCUGGCCACGGCGCUCAACUCGGCCUUCAGGGAGACGCGCGCCAAGGAGAAGGGGGAGCUGAUGGAGCUCAACGACCGCUUCGCCGGCUCCGUGGGGAAGGUCCGGCUGCUGGAGCGGCAGAACCGGGCGCUGGUGCUGGAGCUGGAGCUGAGCCGGGCACGGGAGCAGGAGCCCUCGCGUGUGCCCGGUGUCUGCCGGGAGGAGCUGCGUGCGCUGCGGGGCCGCCUGGAGCGCUUGGCCACUGCCAAGGCCCAUCUGGAGAUGGAGAGGGACAGCCUCAGCCAGGACCUCGGCAGCCUCCAGCACAAGCUGCAGGAUGAGGUGACCCUGAGGCUGGAGGCUGAGAGCAACCUGGCUGCCUACAGGCAGGACGUGGACGCCGCUGCCUUGGCUCGCCUGGACCUGGAGCAGCGCGUGGGGACCCUGCAGGAGGAGAUCUCCUUCCUGCGCAGGGUGCACGAGGAGGAGCUGCGGGGGCUGCAGGAGCACUUGGCCCUGCAGCGGGUGCCCGUCGGGGGGGACACGAGCAAGCCCGAGCUCGAGGCUGCCCUGCGCGAGCUCCGCGGGCAGUACGAGGCCAUGGCCACCGGCAACGCGCAGGACACCGAGGGCUGGUACAAGUCCAAGUUCUCAGGCCUGAGGGAUGCGGCCGCCCGUGGUGCUGCUGCCGUGCGCGGAGCCAAGCAGGAGGCCCACGAGUACCGGCGCCAGCUGCAGGCGCUCACCUGGGAGCGGGAGGCUCUGCGGGGCUCGAACCGGUCCCUGGAGCGGCAGCGGUGGGAGCUGGGGGAGUGCUGGGCGCUGGAGGCGGCCGCGCAGCAGGAGGCGGUGGCGCGGCUGGAGGAGGAUGCCCGCGGGCUCAAGGAGGAGAUGGGGCGGCACCUGCAGGAGUACCAGGACCUGCUCAGCAUCAAACUGGCCCUCGACGUGGAGAUCGCCGCGUACCGCAAGCUGCUGGAGGGCGAGGAGAGCAGGAUCAGCAUCCCUGUGCAGAGCUUCUCUACCCUGCAGAUCCGAGAGACCAGCCUGGACACUAAAUCCGUGUCAGAAGCCCAUGUGAAGAGGAGCAUCGCGGUCAAAACUGUGGAGAGCAGAGAUGGAGAGGUGCUGAAGGAGCCCAAGCAGGAGCCCAAGGAGCUGGUGUAACGCAGAUGCCCUCAGCAUCCACAUGCUUGUAGC